GAACAGCAACCCAUAUUGAUUUUCUGACCAAUCAAAAAAAGACAAAUCACUCUUCAGGCAAACCAGGAGUCUUGACUUAAGCUUACCUGGACUUGGAUCUUUGCCAACCUUUUAAAAUCACCUUUCAAAAAAUGUCCCAAAACUCUGUAGAAACAUCUCUGAACUUCAGAUACAGCAUUUGACAGGAAACUAAUGUUAUUUAAUUACAAACUUAACUUUGGAUGUUUUGGUGGGGAAAAAAUACUUCUGAAAGUAGUAUUCAAAUUCAAAGCUGGUGGGUGGAGUUGGGGUGUGUGAAGGUGCAUAAAUAGGCAGUAGGAACAGCAGCGUUCACACUGUAACCGGGAUCACCUUCCAAUCCUGGCAGGCAUCUGGGAGAGGAAACAAGGAGCAGCCAUGGAGAAGAGUUACGUGUCCAUGUUCCUGCUGCUCGUUGCCAUCUCCUGUGCUCUGGCAAAGGAUGUGGGCAAGAAGGAGACAAAGGAGACUACAGCUAAACCGAAACUACCUCAGACACUCUCCAGAGGCUGGGGAGACCAGCUCAUCUGGACGCAGACGUACGAGGAAGCGCUCUUCCGUGCCAAGCACAGCAACAAACCCCUGAUGAUUAUCCACCACUUGGAGGACUGCCCACACAGCCAAGCACUCAAGAAGGUCUUUGCUGAACAUAAAGAUAUACAGAAAUUGGCUGAAAAAUUCAUUCUCCUGAACCUUGUGUAUGAAACCACAGACAAGAAUCUUUCACCUGAUGGCCAGUAUGUCCCUCGGAUUUUAUUCAUAGAUCCUUCCCUGACUGUGAGAGCAGAUAUUACUGGAAGAUACUCAAACCGUCUCUAUGCAUAUGAGCCCUCUGACAUUUCACUGUUGUAUUCAAAUAUGCAGAAAGCCAUGAAGCUCCUGAAGACUGAACUGUAGGGGACGAAGGAAACCCUCAAAUACUAUGAGGUCUGAUCUUCCAUUUCUUCUCCACUCAUUGAAGCUGGCGAAGAGACUAUUUAGUGAUAUUUAGUGAUGUGUAGUGUCAGUUUAUAUACAUAAACACUACAGUUUUACAUUAGCACUUUUGUACUGGGCAGCAUUUUUAAAAGCUGGAGGCUUUUAAUUUAAGACGUACAGAAGAAUACUGUAUGAUCCAAUUGUAAAAACGAUUUUUUAAAAAAUAAAUCCAUUUCAAGUGUUUACAUACAAAA